AUGGACUCUCAACAAUUUAAGGAGUUUGGCAAAGCUGCCGUUGAGUUUAUUGCUGAAUAUAAUGAUACGGUAAGAGAAAGAGAUGUUUUACCAUCAGUAGAACCUGGCUAUCUUCUAUCUCUUCUACCUGAGAACGCACCAGAAGAACCACAAGAUUGGCAAUCGGUUUUUAAAGACUUUAAGGAUACCAUAAUACCUGGCUUGACUGCCUGGCAGUCACCGCAAUUUCACGGGUUUUUCCCAUGUGGCAGUUCUUAUCCAAGUAUCGUGGGAAGCCUGCUAACGGAUGGUCUUGGUACCAUUUGCUUAACCUGGGCUUCUGGACCUGUUAGCACUGAAUUAGAAAUUGUCACUUUGAACUGGCUGGGCAAAAUGAUCGGGCUACCCGAGGAAUUCCUCAAUUCUUCAUUAGGUACUGGUGGUGGUGUUAUCCAUAGUUCCGCCAGCGAAGCGGUCUUUGUUUGUUUAUUGGCUGCUAAAGAAAAAACUUUACGUCGCCUGAAGCAAGACCCGGAUUUCAAUGAAGAUCAGGCGAAGCUAAAAUUGGUAGCAUACACUUCUGAACAAUGCAAUUCAGCCAUUGAAAAGGCUGGUGUUCUUGGAUCUAUGAAAAUGAGAUUACUUAAAUCAGAUUCUGACGGAAGAUUACGUGGAGAAACCCUCAAGAAAGCGAUACAAGAAGAUAAGGAAAAAGGGCUUAUACCAUGUUACGUGGUAGCUACAUUAGGUACGACAGGCACCUGCGCUUUUGAUCCUUUGGAGGAGUUAGGACCAAUUUGCCAGGAAGAAAGCAUUUGGCUUCACGUAGACGCGGCAUAUGCGGGUGCAGCUUUCAUAUGCCCUGAGUACAAAUAUUUAAUGGACGGAGUUAGCUAUGCAGAUUCCUAUAGCUUCAAUGCGCAUAAAUGGUUAUUAACAAACAUAUCCGUUUCCCCAACCUGGGUCAAGAAUGACAUUGAUUUUUUAAAUACUUUUGAUGUGCAACGAGUCUAUUUGGAUGAUAUUAACUCUGAGACAAAAAUACCAGAUUUUAGGCACUGGCAAUUACCAUUGGGAAGGCGUUUCCGAGCGCUCAAGUUGUGGUUGGUUUUAAAAAUAUAUGGGGCCAAGGGUUUAAGGGAGCAUAUAAGGAAUCAGGUGAGCCUGGCACAGUACUUUGCGCAUCUUGUCAGAAAAGAUAAACGAUUUGUUGUGGACCCUGAACCAUCUAUGGGCUUGGUUUGUAUUAGAUUGGCUGAAGGCGAUGAUUUGACGAAAACACUGUUGGAUAAUUUAAUUGCGAAGAGGAAAGUUUUUAUGGUCACUGCUUUUUCUGGCAGUAAGGUGAUUAUACGAGUUGCUAUUGGCUCUCGGUUUACAAAUAAAUCCGAUAUAGAAGUAACGUGGAAUUUGAUUAAGGCAGAGGCCGACAUCUUAUUUGGAGAAUCACCUAAAGAUAUUUAA